CCACUGUGCCAUUCGGACACGCAGUCGAACUUCUCUCGCUCGGCGACGCUCGCGACCAACGAUCGGCCGCGUCUACCCUCCUCUCGAGGGCGAACCGAUCGAACGCGCGUUCGCCAUACCCGUUCCGCGUUUUUAUUCGGCUUCAACCGUACACAAGUGCGAUUCUCUGCGCGAUCAAGGUCUUAAAAAACGGAGUAAACGAAGUUCGCAAAGCCACCCCUGCUAUCGAUUGUUUAUCCUUGACUCAUCCGCGAGUGACACUCGGACCGACAACAAUAGAGUGAGAAGAUCGUGUUGGAUCUUCGCGUUGACCUUGUUUACUCACGAGUGUGACUCUUCUAAUUCCAAUUCAUUCGAAACGAUAGCUAGCUGCGAGAAUUCUAUUCACCGGUACGUGACUCUCUCGUGGCAUUGUUGUUCGCGUCUGUUCGCGUUUUUUCAUAUCUCUGUGAGCGUGACAUUGUCUGUGGCUAGUGACCGUAGUGCGAGCGUAAUUCGAACGGUGUGAUAUACAAGUGUUUCCGAGGGAGAGACUAUCAGGUGAUCAAAAUUGGAGCUGGAUCCGGGAUCCUGGGGAGCUUUGCGCGGAGGACAGCUUCUGCGGUGAACUAGACGGUCAAGAGAAAUUCAUUUGGAGGAAAGGCUAAUGAUAUACUUGGUAUUCGACAGAGCAAGAUUUCUACCAGCCUCGCCCUGCCCGGUCUUCCUUCCUGUCGGGUUGAACUACCACGGCAAGACGCCACACCGCGUACCCCACAUUCACAUGGUGCAGACAGGCAUGGCUGCGCCCUACGGUGGGGGUGUCUUCCCCCCGCCGGUUAACGGCGUAGCGGGCGUCGUUGGGGCGGCCGGCGCGGCCGGUGAGGUGAAACCACCCCCGCCGGUCCCGGUCAAAGAGGACAACAGUGGUGCGCCCCAGCAACCGCCACCCAGCGGUCCCCAGGUGCCACCCCCGGCCGGUGCCCCCCAUCCAACUGCCCCCGGUGCCCCGACCGCGACCAGUUUCAGUCCACCGCCGCCUCCAAACGGGGUCGAUCAACAGGCUAUCUCGGAGGUGUUUCAGGCCGCAGUUGCGGCGGCGGCAGCUGCAGCCGCGGGUGGAAGUGGGCAGCAACCUGCACCAACGCCCGCAGGCAACGAGACCAACCCCGAGGGUGCCGUCGAGGGUAGCACUCUGGUGCCUGUCACCUCGGGCGCGACCACGCCCGCGACUGCGACACAGGGUACAGACCUGAAGGGUCAGCCAAAACGCCUUCACGUUAGCAAUAUACCUUUCCGCUUCCGAGACCCUGAUCUCAGGGCGAUGUUCGGACAAUUCGGGCCAAUCCUCGACGUGGAAAUCAUAUUUAACGAGCGCGGCAGCAAGGGAUUCGGUUUUGUAACUUUCGCGAAUAGUGCUGACGCGGACCGGGCACGUGAGAGGCUACACGGCACCGUGGUUGAGGGCAGAAAGAUUGAGGUGAACAACGCGACAGCGAGGGUGCAGACGAAAAAACCACCGACGGUACCCAACGUGUGCGUGCAGUGGCCAGAGGCCGCGGCGCUUAGAGGAGUCGCUAUCCAACGCGGGAGAGUUGGCGCCGCGAGGGCGGCGUUCCCGACGAGUGCAGCUGCGUUGGCCCUCGCGAGGAACCCGGGACAGCUCGCGGCUGCAGCCGCAGCCACGGCCUUGCAUCCCUUCGCACCUACCGUUUAUUACGACCCGUUCUUAGCAGCACACGCAGCGACGCAGGAUCCCAACUACAGGCUACAGCUGGAAUGGCCUCAAGCAACAGCUGACGCCGCGGCAGCAGCGGCCGCAGCGUCACCGUUGCUGAAGACGCCCCUCUCGACCGCGCAGCAGGCCACCUACGCAGCUGCAGCGACCUACACGGCGGUAGCUGCGCGCGCAUACAGCGCAGCUGCAGCUGCGGCACAACCGGUCGCAGGAUAUGCCGCAGUCGCGGGUUACGGACGUGAGUACGCCGAUCCCUACAUUGGACACGGUAUUGGACCAGUAGCCGGAUACGGGGCGACAGUAUACAGGAGCGGUUACAACAGGUUCACGCCAUAUUAAAGGAUACAAAGCGUAUCUAAGCGCGAGCCUUCCAAAAAGAAAUUAAAAGUACACCGUUAUACUCAGUUGAACAUGACCAGAACGAAAGAAAAUCGACACACAAUCAAUCAUCUCGUCAUCCGCCAUCGAUCACGAUCCAUCCACCCCACACAGCGAUGCCUAGAUUCUUCGAUGCUAAUAAAACUUGGAUACCGAAUGAACGAUCCCCAGAACCAUUGUUCAAACGACUACCGCAAAAAGGAAACCGUUCUCGAACCAAGAAACGAGGCAGAAUCAACUUGGCCGAUUGUUACUAAGGAAGAAUAAUCGGUAGGGAAAGAGAUCAAAGGUCAGAGAAAGAAGCGGUGGUAGAAUAGUUUGAAUCGAAAUUAGAUUCAGGACGUGCUUCAAGUUUGAGAUGGCUCUUCUCGAUUGGGGCUUCGAGCGGACGUAGGACCGUUCGCCGAACCGUCGUCGAACUUUCGAUAAUCGGUCGGGAGAAGAGACAGAAGGACGGUGGACAAGAAAAUUGGCAAAUCGAAUUAACGGGCAAAGAGCGGACAAAGAAUCGAUUGAAAUUGAGUUGGCGACGCGUUAAACAUUCACCGAGUCGGUCGCUUUAAAGCAAAAAGAGAUGAGAUUGACGUUAGGUCUACCACUUUAAUGUUUUAAAUACUCCUACCUCUACAAAAAAAAAAUAGAAAUUAUACAUAUUUGAAGCUUGCCAUUUUUGCAAAAAAUUACAAAAUGUCUCGAAAUGAGUAGUGUCUCAUUAGAAUACUAUUUACAGAAAAGUCGUGAACUCUAAGAUCUCUGUGAGAAGUUUCAAACGAGAGACGUUGGUAGUUUUGACAUUAAAAUUGGGUAACGUUAGGUCAGGCUGAUUCGUUCGAAGCUGUUCAAAAUUCUGUUCCACAGUUAUCGAAAUCCCAAGAUCGGUAUAAAGAAGCAUGGGCAUCGCGUCGUAGAAACAGUCCGUUCGUCUCGGGUUCGAGUUCGGACCCGGCAGCCAUUCCAAACUUGGUUAAUAACUUUCGGAGGGGGGGUGCGUAUCGAAUUUACAGCCGGUGUACGUGUAUAUAUACGUAUGUAUAUACAUAUAUAUAAUAUAAGUAGAUAGAUAUAGAAUAAUUGAUCUUUCUAGAAAUCGAUUGUAAUUAUGCAAUUCGUUGCUCGUGCACGUUUCUAUUAAUAAUCGGGGAAACUUUUAGAACACGCGGAAAACCGAGAAGUUUUAACGUGAGGAUAUUUUAAUUGCGUACAUAUUGAUCCAUGUUAACAAUAAUUCAUUCGUCGGUUUGGAAAUCAACCGGUUUUUUCCCUUUAUCAAUGAAUCAUUCUUUUAUUUUCUUAUUCGAGUUAUCGUAAACGACGCGAGAGACAACAGGAUGAUGCUCGCUUCGUUUAUUGUUUCCACGAUUGUAAAAUAUAAUUUCGUAUCGAAAAUAUGAAUUGCCAUAAAGGCGCACGGUGAACGAGAAUGCAGAGAACUCUCACAAAUGGCUGCCGGAAAGGAACUCUUCCUUUGUGUCGACGAGGUAAACGCGACUUCCGGCGACACACAGCGAUCCGCGAUUUAAGAAGAUGUACGCGGUACCCUGUUUAGGUAGCUAACCGAGAGGGGAAAUAAAGGAGAGAAAUUGAUAGGACAGUUACGCGUGACUGAUAAGGUUCUAUGCCAAAUAUGUGUGUGUGUCUAUGUUGCGCUCGCGUGUGCGUAAAUUCGCGGACGUUAGGGGAUAGAAUACAAACACUUGAGGCGAAGAACGGAAAUGGAUGAACCCGAAUUGGUCAACCACCGAAAGAUUCUGGGUAACAGGAUCUAGUCAAAUCAUUCUACCGGUUCCUAAUCGAGAUUAUGGCAGUGGUAACGCAGCUUUCCUAAAUACUCAAAACUUCGUCGACGCUCCAGUGAAGGUGGCAACGCGAUUUCUUAAAAAUAGAAGUUUUAGGGAGACGGGGCUAGUCGGUCGAAGUUUCUUUCAAGCUCUCUUUUUUAGACGUCUCUUGGAGGAAUUGGAAUAAUUUUAGUUCGUGGUAUAUUAAUCAUUUAGAAUUUUUCCUUAAGUUUUUAAACUCUUCGACAACAGCAUUAUCGAACAACGUGUCUUUUGCAAGUUAGAACGAUGUAAAAUUAUUAUUCUAUGCAGACAGGAAGGUCCAAGGCCAGAAUAUCAAUAGAAUAACGAUUACCCAGUAACAAUGCGCCAUUCCAAUUCCUCGGAUCAUCUAAACAUCGCUUGCGAAUUAAUAAACGAUUUUCGUUUAGCGCUAUGAAUAAGACUCGAAUCAGUUGUUACGAAAUUUGACUCGAGUGAUCGAGAACGCUGAUAUUAAUAGACUGAUUUUCUGAAUUCUCAUUGUAUUGCCGGAAGAACCCGUUUUCAACAUAUCUUUUCAUUUCCAAGUUCCUUCUAUCAUUAAUAGCAUUAGUGAAUCAAUUAAUGAUUAAACUCUCAUCCACCGAAAAGUAUGUUACUGUUUCUUUAUUCUUUAUUUGGAGCAACGAGUUGAUUUAAGUUUGAAGUUCCUCGAUUCUUCAUAGCGUUCUCGAUCACCGAAUCAUAGUUUCAUCUCACGACCCGAGAAGUCGGCCAACGGAAAUUUCUGUUCUUUAUAAAAAAAAAAAAAAACGAUCGUAGAGGUAUAUGAGAGAAAGGAAGGGGUUCACACGCAAACACAGACACACAUAACCAGAGUAUCCCUCGGAGUAAGAGGUAUGACAUGAAUUACGCGAAAGGGAAAUGGUACGCACAUUGAGCCGAGUGAGUGAUAAUCUCUGAUUUUAAGAAUAAAAAAAAGAAAGGAGAAGUUCAAGUGAAGUGAAGAUUUAUCGUAAAAAUAAAUAUAUACAUAUAAAUAUAUACAUAUAAAUAUAGGUAAGUCGUGACUCAACUUGGAGCGUAAAUGAAAGGAAACGCGAGAGUGGCGACGAGUGAAUGAACCUGCGAGUGAAAGGUCGAAAAUAAUAGUAAGGUGAUAAGAAAAGUAACAAAUUGAUCGAUAAACGAAAAGCGAAACGCGGUUGACAACGCGAUGAAAGAACAAAAAUAGCUUGACACAAAGAGUCAUGUGAAAUAGCCAAAUAUGACAAAGAUGUUCUUUUCUUUUUUCUUCUACAUCUUCUAUCUUCUUUUGUUUUUUUUCAACGUAGAUAGAGACGACCCGGCUAGGCGCCGGUCGUCGGUUGCGUUUUAAACUCUAAAUCUAUCGUUAGGAUAGAUGCCCUAGGCUAGAUAUCGUGGGGCGACCGGUUCGUUUACCCGUGAACCGCGUCGACUCCCAUAAGAGCGAGAAGAGAUAACAUCAUGUUCUGAUUUCUCUUGAUUUUGCGUGUGCAAGCGCCAGUACAUGUAAAUAAUUAACGGUUAAGAAUCGACCCUCGCGAUCGAUUUCGUCGAGCACAAAUUGAGUAAUUCACGGGAUUCGCCCGUUUUAGGAGCUAAACUGAACAACUCAGAAGAUACUCAUUUGAUUCUUGUAACGUUUAAAUUAAACGAACGUAGAUUUUAAAGAGGAAACUAUAAUAGAAUGAGAAAGGGAGCAGGAGGAUGCUACCGAUGUACAAGAAUCGGGCGUGAAAGAGAGGAAACUGUUCUCUGUUAGAGGCGAGUCCUUUUCUUCGGCCCCGGGUCCUUCGCAAUCUUCUCCUUGAACGAACACAUUUUUUCUUACACGUGAAACUCAUGAGAUUAACACAGGGGGACUCGGGGACGUGAUAGCAUUGAUAUUAGGAAGGGAUUUUGAUCGUGUUCGUUCACGGAGGAAGGACGGGGACGCAAGGAGAAAAUGAUCUAAAUGCCUGUAUAUUGUACACUGUAAUUACAAUUUAUACUUAUUCGUAAUCGAUACCUUUAUCGGUAGGCUAUUACAAACUAGUGGCUAGCGUAAGUCGAGCUCAAAUUCUAGGCGAUGCCCAUUCGUCUUCGCGUUCUUUCUUCACGUCACGAGUGCACAACUCCCCCCUCGAAAGCCUCCAACUGUUUGAUAUAUUCCCUUUAUUUUCCGAAAUCUUUUUAUCGUUCCCCGAUCGCGUAGAGGCCUAUCGUACACGAAUUCCCGAUGGAUUCACGGCGACAGGCGUCACCGGGCUCUCUUUUACUUCUUUUACACUGUGAUCCCUUUCUCGUUAUUUUUGCGGAAGGCUGUUUCGCGAUAAUCAUAAUUACUUGGGACGCCGCGGAACCGGCGGGACCCGUCCAGGUGUGAUCGCACGAUUAUUCAUCGCAGAAUUUCGUCCUGUAUCUUAGAACAGAGAAUCUUCCCUUGCGACGCGUACAAAUCAAUACAAAUUAUUUUUGUGACAAGAUUCUAAUUAUUACACACAGUCACCUAAAAGAGCCCUUAUGGUUUCAACGAAGAACAGCAAAAUGAAACUCCACUUCAAAAGCGGGAUCGAGUUGGCUCUAAGAUGCAAUUUACCUCCAUUUAUCAAUUAGAAUAAAAUCAGUAUUAAAAAAACGAUAACGGACUAUUUUUAAAAUGAUAAUCAGUUUCGAAGGAAAUUUCAAAAGGAUUGUAUAAAUAGUUUAUACAGAAUUGUUUUACGAUCUAAAAUCUAAGUCUACGCCGUAUUAGGUACACUAUAUUAGCAGAGCCGAGAACUCGUUCAGACACUAGUCUUCUUCGUAUUUCUAGAACUAAUCAAAACGAACCACUAGAUGGAACGCGAUCUUCUCUUUCAGAAUCGUCGAUCAACCUGGACGAAAAUCUCGAGUCUCAUACCUUUUACACGUCGUUUCCGUUAACCAGCCGUGUACGUUCUCGAAGUAAUCGCAUUGUAAAAUAAUCCAAGUACGAUCGAUACGCACCGUAACGUUAUACAUAAAGUAAAAGUAAAUAUAUGAUUCUAAUCUAAUUAAUUAUUAAACGCAGUACACCGUAAACGGGAUUUUUAAAGAAAAAAAAAGUGAAUCUAGAUGACUAUAUGACUUACGUAAAAAUUAAACGACACAUCUAUUGAGCAACAUAUCCUAGCGUACUAGGCGGCGUUCGGUGACCACCUGAUUCCGCCUUGGGAUUCUCGCGGAUCGUCGCGCGCCGAGACGCACACACCCAUUGGGAUAACGUUCUUGAAAAAGAAAGAUAGGACACAUGGGCGUGCGAACGACACCGCGAUGAUCCCGGGCGCGAGAGUGUGGUCGUCUUCUUUUUUCGAAUUAUCGAAAGCGAGGGUAAAGAGUGGACAAGCGAGAAAAAGAAGAGAACAAUUUAACAAGUAAGGGAUGUUCCAUGACAUUAGAACGUUACUACGAUAAUAAGUUUAAUCUUCUUAGAGCGACGAGUGAUGAUGUGUUCGUGUAUUGUAUGCCGAAUGAUGAUAGUGUUUGCGAUGAUAGCGUAUAUCUUUUUUCUUUUCUUCUUGGACCCUUGGUCGAAUCCGGCGCGAUUGUAGCGAGAAGCGUCUCUUUGGAAAAUGCGAGCGCCCUAUUCGCAGGGGAAGGGUCAAAAGAUACAACAACAACAAAGAAAAACAGCUAAAAGAAUUGAGAAUGCAAAAUAGAGGACAUCGUAAGCAGCUAUUAAAUGCCACCUGUUUUUCGCUUCUCUCGCAAAUGUAAGACGGAUUCGCAACGGGAGACGCGCGUGCAAAUCGGUUUCCGGCUGCGAAUCCCCCUCAGAGUAAAAAAAUGAAAUAUAAUAUGCUGAAACAGACGUGAACGAUUUCACGCCGUGAAAACGCAGGAUGUUCGAGCGUUAACUGUGCACAAACAUCCGCAGCAGUAAGAACGUAUUGGACGUAUAAUUCGAGAGUGAACAAGGGAUACGAUCAACUCGAAAAACUUUAGUUGCAAAAAUAACGAUAGGAGUAACACGGGGUGUCGUACGGAAACACCUUUAUCAUUGUCUGAUUUGAUGAUAUUUUGUAAGUCUGGACCAGUUGUUAGGUUCUUAUUACUCCCAUAGCGACUUCUUAUGGCGUAUUUUCUCUGUAUAUUGUCAAUGUUUAUUAUUAAAUAUUUUUCAAAUAAA